CAGAGACAGAGACAGACACCUUCGAUCUCAUCCUGAUUUCCCCCAAUUUCAGUUGCAUAGUCACUCUCUGCCAUGGCUUCUCCUCGAUUCCUCUUUCUCCUCCUGCUGAGCUAUGUUUUCGUAUUUGGUUCUGUAUUUAAUCCUUCGUCGUCUGCUAGAGUUCUUUCUUCUGGUGCCGCGAAGGUCUCGCUUGCUCUGUACUAUGAGACCCUCUGCCCUUUCUCCGCCAAUUUCAUUGUUAAGUAUCUGCCGAAGGUCUACGAUGAGGAUCUCAUUAAAAUCGUCGAUCUCAAGCUCGUUCCCUACGGAAACGCCAAAUUACAAGGCGAAGACAACAUCGCCUGCCAGCAUGGCCCAUUCGAGUGCUUGCUGAAUACCGUGGAAGCCUGUGCUAUCGAUGUCUGGCCUGAUCUGAAUACACAUUUUGCUUUCAUUUACUGUGUUGAGCACCUAGUCAAGGAGGGCAAGUAUCCUGAGUGGGAAUCCUGUUUUGAUAGACUGAAGCUGGAUUCAAAGCCCAUUUCAGAAUGUUUUAAUAGUGGGCACGGAAAGGAGCUUGAACUUUAUUAUGCAAACGUAACUGGUUCUCUUCAACCUCCUCAUAAAUAUGUGCCUUGGGUUGUUGUUGAUAACCAGCCACUCUAUGAGGACUAUGAAAACUUUGUGACCUAUGUAUGCAAGGCUUACAAAGGCAAUCCUGAACCCAAGGCUUGCAGCACUUCACUACUCCAUCAGGUUAUCUCAGUGGAGAAAGCAAAACCAACCCGUGAAGUUUGCUAUGCAGAGGAGACAAUCAAAACAUCGGCUUCAUACUCAUCUUAACAAAAAU